GAGAGAGAUUGAAAGAGGGGAAAGGAAAUAGUAGUAGAAGAAGAAAAAUAGGAGGAAUAGAGACAGUGAGUAAAAUCGUGAGCUGAGAGAGAAAAAGAGAAGAGAACAGCUUUCAACCCGCGUCUUGAGCCUGGAUUUUGAAGGUUGAUCAUUAGAGGAAGGGAGGAACAAGAAGAAGUAGAUUGUGGAUAUUUAUUUAAAAAGAAUGAGAUCUGAAGCCUUCCAAACAGUCAACAUCUAUCGCCAUCUUCUUAAGGCGGUCAAGAAACAUAUUGGGAAAGAAGAGAACAAGAGACACUUUUUAGACUUCAUAACCUCCGAGUUCCACCAGAACCGACAUCUGUCUGAUGGUGUGGCUGUCCAACAGAAAAUAAAGCUUGCUCGUGAUUAUACUUACAUGCUUAACAGUGUGCAUCAUCACAAGGAGUUGCUUUUCUCAUAUAAUAUUGCAGUGGAUAGAUCAGAUGAAGUGAAAAGGACACUUGGAAAAUCUGCUGCAAGUGUUGGUCUUCAGCUUCCUGAGGUUUAUCAAGCAUAAUGAUUGGCAGUGUUGAUUUUGCAUGUACGGAAUUUGCCUUUGUACUUCUGCAAAGAAGGGGUUUUCAUGCACUGUUGGUUAUUACUAAACCAGUUGAUUUUGGUUGAUUGGAAGUAGAAUGAAAACGGUUUGGUAGCUAUUUAUCAAGAAUGUAAACUUAAAAUAAAAAGAGAAGAAAGCAUCUAAGCGGAUGAAAAAAACUAUUAUUUAUGCAUUAGUUCAUGUUUUUUCCAAUAACAAGAACUAUUGUCAUUGUGUGUUAGACCUUUGUUUGAGGUUUGAUGUAACUCCAUGUCUCUUCACAGCAACUAAUUCCAUGCUCAUCAUGCCCUUCAUAGGGGCACAGUAUGCUUUUCAAGAAUAAUUUGAUAUUCUUUUACAGAUAUUUGCAAUGGAAUUUCCUUUUUUUGCCUCAGGUUA